AUGGAGAAAACCACCGCUAAGGGUGUGACUAUCACCGUAUCCCCGAAACAAAAUGGCGGCUCUAGCAACGACAACUCUACCGUAAUCACCACUACAGAAUCCUCAGACUACGAUUAUAUCGCCGUUACCGACAAAUAUGGCAAUGUGACGUAUGAGAAGGUCCCGAAGAAGCAGUCCUCUACCGUACGGCCUGGUAGUGGGAGUACGGUAGCUACAGAAGAAAGCGGCUCGACCACCGAUGCGUAUACUGACUACGAUUACGUGGCCGUCACCGAUGAAUACGGGAAUACUACUUACGAAUGGAUACCAAAAACUACGGGGACGACUACAGUACCUAACACCAACUCAUCCACUACUGUAACCAGCACAAAAUCCACCACCGUAGCUAGCAACUUUUCUACUACGGUAUCGUCUACCGUAUCCGCUACGUCUACCGUAACUGGAAACCGGACUACGGUAUCCACGAAUACGGCCAAAACGACGACCACAGCUCCAGCCACUUGCACGACGGCAGCGAUCAAUACACAAAAUGCAUUUGCUCUGCUAGACAAGGAUGUAAUGGCUGGCUCGAGCACAGCCCUAAUCUGCUUGGACGGCUACACCUUCCCGGCUGGCGGCACCUCGAAGACGUUCACAUGCUCGUCUACGGGCUCAUGGAGCGGAUACGAUGCUUCUCAACUAUGUCAAAAUUCUAUCAAUCAAAACUCGACGACCAGAUGCUCUGACCCAUCGGCGGAUAUCGACAUGACAAACACGCUGCUCCCGAAAGCACGCAUUAAUGGCACCCAGCCGGUUGGCACGAUGAUUGUGCAUAGUUGCAAGCAGCAGUACGUCUUUGGGUCGAUCGGGCAACCGUUGCAGAUCUACCAAUGCCUCUCCACCGGUGUUUGGACCAACAAUUUACAAGGAGAAGCCUGUGUCGCAGCCGGAAGAGCUUCAGCUGAACUA